AUGGCCAGAAGCGUACUUUAUUCUAAAAUCAGUCCGAUCACUAUAACGGAAGCAUUAGCCAUGAAUACCUUGUUCUGGAUAUUGUGGUUUGGCAUAAUCAUCCAAGUAACGUCUUCCGAACGAACCUUUCGCGUAAAAUUGACGGAAUUUUCAGUCAAAUACAGGGAUACCAACAUUGUUAGGAACGCUGACUUUCGAAUAACUCUAAUGAAUAAUCGCACCUAUGUGAACGGUGAGAUGUCAUUGAAGAGUGACGUUCCCGAAAUUGAUCUGCGAACUACCAUGGACUUUUGGAAACACAAUAAUACCAAAAGAAAAUUCAAGCUCUAUGAUGUUCGAGUAGACGCUUGUCUUUUUCUCAGAACAGUUCAUCGCAAUAGUCUAUUUAACAUUUACGUUAAGAGCUUUAAAAAACACACAAAUGCCAAUCUCGUGUGUCCUCUGAAGAAGAACUUUAACUACACUCUGAACAAUUGGUAUAUGGAAGAAAAUGAUCUACCAGGCUUUAUUCCUCUCGGUGUUUUUAGGACGAUAACCGAUUACUUUUUUCUUCAAAAAAAGUUGGGCUUGCGGAUUGAAACAUGGGGCCAGGUAUAUCCCUAUCCCUAG